GGCAGCCCCUGCCAGGCCCUGAGGCCCGAGCUCCCCGCCGAGGGUACCUGUCCCGGCUUUGCCCCAUUCGAGCAGGGCCCUGGGGGAGGCAGGACGGGGCCACACUGGGAAGUGAGAGGCCUCUGAGUCCCGCGCAGAGCAGGUCUCCGUCCCCAGCCCCCAAAGCAGCUGCCCUGGUGGGUGAGUCAGGCCGGUGCGGAGACUUCCCAGGAGCGAGGGAGGGAGCGCAGCGCCUCCAUCACAGGGAAGCGUCCCCGCGGGAGGCUCUGGCCCUGAUUGGGCGCCGGGGCGGAGCGGCCUUUGCUCUUUGCGUGGUCGCGGGGGUAUAACAGCGGCGCGCGUGGCUCGCAGACCCAGGGAGACGGGCGGGCGCACAGCCGGCGCGGACGCCCCACAGCCCCGCCGGGACCCGAGGCCAGGCGAGGGGCUGCCAGUGUCCCGGGACCCACCGCGCCCGCCCCAGCCCCGGGUCCCCGCGCUGACCCCAUGGCGGCGGACGCAGCCCUGCGCCGGCUUCUGAGGCUGCACCGCACGGAGAUCGCGGUGGCCGUGGACAGCGCCUUCCCACUGCUGCACGCGCUGGCCGACCACGACGUGGUCCCCGAGGACAAGUUCCAGGAGACGCUUCGUCUGAAGGAAAAGGAGGGCUGCCCCCAGGCCUUCCACGCCCUCCUGUCCUGGCUGCUGACCCAGGACUCCACAGUCAUCCUGGACUUCUGGAGGGUUCUGUUCAAGGACUACAACCUGGAGCGCUAUGGCCGGCUGCAGCCCAUCCUGGACAGCUUCCCCAAAGAUGUGGACCUCAGCCAAUCCCGGAAGGGGAGGAAGCCCCCGACCAUCCCCAAGGCUUUGGUGCCACCACCCAGACACCCCGCCAAGAGGAAGGCCUCAGAAGAACCUCGAGCUGCCGCGCCAGCAGCCCUGACUCCAAGGGGCACCCCCAGCCCAGGCUCUCAACUGAAGGCCAAGCCCUCCAAGAAGGCGGAGAGCAGCGCAGAGCAGCAGCGUCUUCCACUUGGGAACGGGAUUCAGACCAUGUCAGCUUCAGUCCAGAGAGCUGUGGCCAUGUCCUCUGGGGACGUCCCGGGAGCCCGAGGGGCCGUGGAGGGGAUUCUCAUCCAGCAGGUGUUUGAGUCAGGGGGCUCCAAGAAGUGCAUCCAGGUCGGGGGGGAGUUCUACACUCCUAGCAAGUUCGAAGACCCCAGUGGUGGGAAGAACAAGGCCCGCAGCGGCGGUGGCCUGAAGCCUCUGGUUCGAGCCAAGGGAGCCCAGGGCGCUGCCCCCGGUGGAGGUGAGGCUAGGCUGGGCCAGCAGAGCAGGGCUCCUCCCCCUCCAGCCCUCCCCAGUGACCCCCAGCUCCACCAGAAGAAUGAGGACGAGUGUGCUGUGUGCCGGGACGGCGGGGAGCUCAUCUGCUGUGAUGGCUGCCCUCGGGCCUUCCACCUGGCCUGCCUGUCCCCUCCACUCCGGGAGAUCCCCAGUGGGACCUGGAGGUGCUCCGGCUGCCUGCAGGUGACAGUCCAGGAGAUGCAGCCCCGGGCAGAGGAGCCCCGGCCCCAGGAGCCACCCGUGGAGACCCCGCUCCCUCCGGGGCUUAGGUCGGCGGGAGAGGAGGUGAGAGGUCCACCUGGGGAGCCCCUAACUGGCAUGGACACGGCUCUUGUGUACAAGCACCUGCCGGCCCCGCCUUCUGCAGCCCCCCUGCCAGGGCUAGACUCCUCGGCCCUGCACCCCCUACUGUGUGUGGGUCCUGAGGGGCAGCAGCAGGAGACUCCUGCACUCAGCCCCAAAGGAGGCCGGGCCGGCCAAGCGGGAGAGAGGUGUGGGCACCAGGCUUGCCUGAGGGUGCUUGGGUCUCCCCUGCAUCCUGGGGAUGGGACUGGUCCCACUGUCCUGCAGCCUCGGCCGCACCGUGAGGCUUCCCACUUGCUCCCAGAGCCGCUGUCCAGCCCUGGGUGGUCCCAGGGGAGAGCACGGAGGCCUUGGGUUCAGCUACGUUUCCCCCCGGCCCCCUGUGUCACCCCACGGGGUCGCCUCCCACAGAGUCCAGUUCCUGGCGCACGGUGCGGGGUGUGCGGAGAUGGUACGGACGUGCUGCGGUGUGCUCACUGCGCUGCCGCCUUCCACUGGCGCUGCCACUUCCCGGCGGGCACCUCCCGGCCUGGGACGGGCCUGCGCUGCAGAUCCUGCUCAGGAGACAUGACCCCGGCCCCUGUGGAGGGGGUGCUGGCCCCUAGCCCCGCCCACCUGGUGCCCGGGCCUGCCAAGGAUGACACUGCCAGUCACGAGCCCACUCUGCACAGGGAGGACCUGGAGUCCCUUCUGAGCGAGCACACCUUUGACGGCAUCCUGCAGUGGGCCAUCCAGAGCAUGGCCCGCCCGCUGGCUGAGGCGGCCCCCUUCCCCUCCUGACCCUGGACGGCCGGGACACGCAGCUCUGAUGGGAGGGCACCGAGAAAGACACCUCCUCCCUCAGCCCUGGAAGCCGGCCUGCUGGGACCCAGAAGGGGACAGUGCCACGUCUUGUCAGUCCUCGGCUGUAAACACAGCCCUGUGUUUGUGGGGACACCAGCCAUCAUGUGCCCGGAAAUUAAAACCUGUGGUUUCGA